AUAUCACAAAAAGCAAAUGGCGCGAUUUGUGCGGACAUGUCAUGGUGCGGUACAUCAGUUUGGCGGCAAAGCAUAGUGAAACGUUAACUGCCACUCAACCUUAGGACAUUGCCUGUGAAUACGUACUCCUUUUCAUCCUUCUGUGGAUUAAGGAAAUUGGCUUUAGCGACGUGUCGCGGUCGCGACGACCUGUCUGAGACCGUUGGAUCAACAACUUGUGUGUGGCCGUGAGCGGCAGCGCCCGACCGUGUUUGUGAGCACUGCUUUCGUGAUCAACGUGAUAACAAAGAACACCUAGUGAUACCGUUACGUGCAUCUGUACGAUGGCGCCGUCACGCACUCCGCUCGGAAUAAAACAGCCGAUGAGCGUCAGGCGAGUAGCAAAGUACACUGCAUUAAGUUCCAGUUGUGCGUGGUUACACAAUAGCAAGGGCAGCUCUGCAAUCGCAGUGAUCUCGGGGUUCUUCGCUCUGCGAGUGUGAAGCCCGACCUACCGCGCACGCUUCAAAUUUUCCUCACAGUCCGUAUGUCGGAACGGCAUUACUUGACGUCUAAACGCGUCAGUGUGCUCGGAAGCUGGACUGAAGCCUCCGUCGUGCACCGCUGCCAACUCGCAACGCUAACAGUGUCGUAGCACAGUCAUGCCGGGAGGCAGCAGCCGCAGCGCUUCGGCGUCACUGUGCCGACGCAUCGACCAGGACAAGUGUCUCGCGCAGAAGCACGGCAAGUUUCGUAACCUGUACGACCUCUGCUUGUACAAAGGUGACACGCUGCGUGAACACGGAGACUACGAAGGCGCGCUGGCCGAGUUUGAUGAGGCUUUUCAAGUCUGCGAGGUGCUGCCAGACCAGACACAGCUUGACAAAGCCGAAGUGCACCGGCGACGGGGCGAGUGUCUUAUGCAGCUGGAACGCUUUAAUGAAGCCCAUGACAACCUCAAGAGCUACCUAGCAUUGGCUGAAAAGGCUGAAUCAUAUGUGGAACAGCAGCGGGCCCUGGCAACACUGGGGCAGUGCUACUUCGUUCAGCACCAGACAGAAGCCAAACCCAGUGAACGGCUCAUCAGCAAGGCCAAAAAUGCGUACCUCAAGUCGUUGCGCAUAGUUGAAGACAACCUUGCGGAUACCUUGAGUGAGCCAGAGAGAGUUCUCAUGAAAGGCCGUCUGCUACUGAACAUGGGCCUUCUUUACGACGCGGUGGAAGACCCCAAGGCGGUUGAGAGCUUUAAGUUCGCGCUUGUACAGUUUAUGAAGCAUCGCGAGUCCAAACAGGAUCUUUGUCGAUGUCUCUCAGCGCUGGCCAACAUCCAUCUCAGGCAGGGAAACUCGGAAAAUGCACUGUCUCUGGCAGGACGCCUGCUUGACAUUGGUCGAGAGGCUAAGCGAGCGGAAAUCAAGUGUGAAGCACAUCUGCUUCGAGGAGCAGCCAUGUUGCAGGCAGGAGACCGUGACGAAGCCCGCGUCACUUUCAAGCGUGCCAUGCAGCAAAAGAGCUCCAUACAGGAGGACCAUGAACGUGCUGUUCUUUGCGUGAAGCUUAGCCAAGCACUGAGGACGUGGGACUUGGACCUCAAGGAGACCACAGAUCCUGCCACACGUGUCAGGCUUCACGAAAAGGCCGGUGAUGCUUUGGUACAGUGCUUGCUACCCCGGCCAGCCUUGAAGGAAUACGAAAUGGCCGUAGAAGAAGCUCUCUCGUCUCCAGAAGCCAUCUCUCCAAAGAAGCUCGCUGAUCUCUAUGUCUCCCUAGCAGAAACAUGCAGUGAUGUCCGCGAAUAUGAUUCGGCCCUCAACUACUACCGCCUCGAACUUUCCCUGAGAGCUGAUGAGCCCGACGAGAUGGCAUCGACAAAGCUGAGCAUUGCUCGGAUGCUUCAGAAGACGUGCGGUAAAAGAGCUCCAGAAGUUCAGGAUGCAAUUCAAGAAGCUAUUACAUUGUCUCGAGCAGCAGGAAAGCUCUCCCUGGAGCUUGAGUGCCUAGAGGAGCUGGUGUCUGUGCAGGGCAGCACUGACGGUGAUAUUCAGGAUAGGAUAGAACAGCUCCGUGCAGCCGGUGCAGACGAAACUGAAAGCUCCACCCAAAGUCAGCAGUCAGGCACCUUGUCUGAAAUCGAUCUGGAUGACAUCUCAGAUGCCAGCGACAGUGACCCUGAAUUCAGUGACACUGCACGGAGGCCAAGGAAAAAGCUGGAGGAAAAGAUAAACACAAAGGGUGAAACAAAACUCCACAAGGCUUGCAUUGACGGUUCUUUGAAGAAAGUAAAAGAGCUGCUUAGGAUGGGCCACUCUGUGCACAUCCGAGACUACAGCGGAUGGCAACCACUGCAUGAGGCGGCAAACUACGGGUACCUAGAAAUUGUGAAGUGCCUUGUAGAAGCAGGUGCCCAAGUAAGUAGCCCCGGAAUGAAAGGUGUCACACCACUACAUGAUGCCCUGGGAAAUGGGCAUUUUGAAGUUGCAUUAUAUUUGUUGGAAAAGGGAGCUCGCCCAUCACUGAGGACAGCCGAAGGGGACACUCCACUGGACAUUCUUCGUAAGUGGAAACACGACAACCAGUCGACAAUGGACCCCAGUGAAGAAGUGUGCCUGCAGAAAGUGGAACAACGGCUCAAAGAGGCGAACGCUACAAGCAGUAAUGACAUCUCAUUGUUGGGUCCUGCUGGUGAAGAUGGUCCGUGGAUUUCUUCACAGUCACUGAAACGCAGACAAGUUGGUCCAGCUCUGGUGAGUGAAGCAGACGACUGGCUUGAAGAUGACCUUUCAAAGCCGAAGCCAAAAUCCAGGCGUCCGGCAGAAGCAGAGUUGCCUGCAUUGGUGAGUGAAAUGGAUGACUGGCUUGAAGACGACCUUCCGAAGUCGAGGUCUAAGUCAAGAUGUCUGACAGAACCUAACUUGCCUGCCACAAGGAAGCGAAACCGUUCAUCUGAACAGUCGUUCUGCACAAAAGUCAUGCGCCUCGAAGAGGAGGAGGAGGAGAGCAUCACUGAGGACAGUGAAGGCGCAGAAGUUGUUGACACCGCCAACAGUGUUGAGUUCGCUGCACCACCUUUUACAAGUUCUCCUGCCUGUAACACUCUCACUGCAUCAUCGGCUUCUCCCGGCAGUGCCAUGACUGCAGCGUCGGGAAGCAAUCUCUCGGUUCGAGUUCGUAUCCUCAACACACUUUUUUUGGUUCCAUUGCCUAAGGGCGCAGCUUCUGAAAGGACAGUCGGAUGGCUCGCAACAGAAGCUUCAAAACGGUACCAAGAUUUCCAAGGCACGCGACCCAUAUUGAGAAUAACACUUCCGGAUGGAGCGUUGCUUGAUCAAUCGGACUGUAUAGACGCCUUAAUGCACGGGCCACACGCUGAAGUCAUCGGUCAGGUGGAGUCGUGGGACUUGCCUCCUCUGGCCGAGCGUUACCGUUCCGAGUGUGAGAGAAAAAAUGUGUCGGCAUGCGUAAACCUUGCAGCCAUUCUACAGCCCUGUGUUGAGAGUGGGGACUUCUCAAUGCCAUGCUUCAACAUCAAGAAUGUGGAGUUCUUCUUUCGUGCCUUAAGACACCAAGACCCACUUCACACCCUUGACAUCUCGGGUACUAUUUUGACCCCCGCAGCAGCGACAGCAUUGUGUGACUGCCUCGCUACACUGCGCUCUCUCAAUCGCCUUUCACUCAAGUGUACAGGCUUCAGGCCGAGCUACCUCAGCACUGCCGUUCAGACUUUACAGAAGGCACAGGUCGAUUUGCCAUGCACGGAGCUGGACUUGAGCUACAAUCCUGUUGGAAGUGAUGGGGGCACAGCGCUGGCUUCGCUGCUUGUGCAUGUGCCUCAAUUGGCGGUUCUACGCAUUGAAUGUUGUGAUCUCUCCGACCCUGGCUCAUGUCUGCAGGGCUUGAGGACGUUGGAAGCGCUUCACGUUGGGUUCAACCUGCUAAACAGUGACAGACUCGCUGCACUUGAGCCAGUGCUAGAUGUGAAUCCCCUAAAACUUCUGGACCUUUCUGGCUGCUUUACAAAUGAUGUACCCCGACUAGGAGAACUGCUGGUUAGUUUCCUGUCAAAGGCUAAGUGCAAGCUUUCGGAGAUUGGGAUCGGUUCCUGUGGUCUGACAGACAGGGACAUAGAUGCACUGGGCUCAUUGGGGAGUAGCGCACUGUGCAAACUUGAUAUCACAGCAAGCCCUGGUAUCAAGCAUGAGAACAUCGAGGACCUGUCACAAAAGCUGUGUGGUGUGAAAAUCUGUUCUGAUCAUAGCGCUUAUGACUGUUGUUUAUGAAAACAAAAGUGCUUAGAAACACAUGUUUAUAUAAUAAAACUUAGGAACUGGUGAGAUGUGCUAGUCAUAGGUGUCAAGGAUUGUGAAAGGCCUGUUGGGGGCAGUGACGUGGCAUUAUGUAAAUUUUCAUUUUCGACUUCGAAGUGUUCACAUCUGCCUUUUCAGUGUGACAAGAACACUUGCAAGCAUGGCUAUUUUCUUGAUGUCUGCUUAAUGUGGAGUGAUUUGUCAUUCACAAACGACUACCGUUACUUUUUUCUUUCAGUGGUGACUGUGUAUAGUGCGUGACAUAUAACCCGUGUUAUAGAAUAGUGCGUAAAAUAAAUUUUCUUUUGCCAGCUCAUUUUGAUGUUGAAAUGUCUGUUGUCAAGAGCUUGCAGUUAGAGGUUAUUCAUUUCCUGCAUGUAUUAGGGUCCAACGAAAUUUUUUCUGUUAUUGGUGGUUACGUGUAACUGCUAGUCGUGUAACUGCAAGCCGUACAUAACUGUAGGCAAAGCAUUUUGGCUAAAUUGUGCAAAGUUUUGCACAAUAUAUACCGCGUGUGCUACAACUAUAGACCAAUCGGUUUAUUAUGCAAGCUCUGUAGAUUGCGGAUUUUCACCAGCAUUGAAAACUCUGGAUAACGUUUGCAGUCAAAGCAAGCUUGCGCUUGCAACUGACAGUUGUGGUAUUAGAGUAUGGAGGUUUAACCUUUGAGCAAGUUGGGAAACACUGGCAGUAUGUAACACAUUCAAGGCACACAAAUAGCACCAUAGUUGGCUUAAUGAGAUACAUUAAUGCUUGAACUAGUUCAGACAUUAGUAAAGCAUUGAUCUUCUUUUUAUCGCUGGAUAAUGAUGAACAUACAGCCAAUUUGCGCUUUUCUUUUUUUCUGUGCUAACUAUCAAGGUGACGGCAUAACAAGCUGCGUCUUAGCCGAUGACGAACUGCAAAAGAAUGAUUGGAUCGUUAGAAAAUACAGCCCCUUGUUCUAUAGCUCAAAUAUCAUAAUACUGCUUAAAAAUGUGUUCAUAACUAUAAGGUACUGCAGCGUUACAAAGCAGGUUUGUCUUCUUUUUGUGUGUUUGUGUCUUUCACAUUGCUAACGGACAUUGUAAAAUCCCGAGUCAUUGCCGUCUUUAUGUUUGAAUUCUUUGGCCUUUGUAUUAUGAGGAGGAUUUCCAUCUCAUCUUCUGCACACAGCAGUAGGAGCUGUACUACGCAAAAACAUUUAAAGGUACACUAAAAACAAACAUUGGAUUAAUCUAGAUUCUAGAAUGUCAGUUUGCUCUUCAGGAAGCUUCAACAUUUUCUUCAUCCCAAGAAACAACUUGGGUGCAGCAAAAAAAAUUUGGAGGACGCUUAAGCUUCGCCUUGAAGAGUGGAACGCAGUAGCAUUCAAAGAUCCCGGACUGCUUCUCGCGGUUCCCGGCAACUGCAGCUUAUGUAACCGUAAUGUUUUCCUGGAAACACUGGUAGCGAUUACCCAAGGGCGAGCUUCCUGACUAUUUUUUUGAUGGGUGUUGUAAGGAACUGAGCGGCUGCGCCACUCCUACUAAGACAAACUUCAAACGGCGGCAGGAAAACGCUAUCGUGUUAAAAGGGGUUUGUGUUUGCGUUUCCGUGUUACAGAAUUACGUUUUCUCGUACAUUCAAAUUACAAUCCGACGCUAUCAUCUCUGUAGGUUGUUUUCUAAGUCGUACUUUGAGAAAUUCAAUUAGGUCAGUAACGCCGCUGCGCCACGUGGAGGGCCUGCGUGGAUCGGGAUGCUUGGUUCGAGAUGAUUUUCUUGGCCGGUGACACCGGCGCCGGAUUUUCUACAACAUGGGGCCCUCAAUGCUAUCGCGGUAAAAUUGCGAGUGAAGACACCCCAUAGUUCAGUUCUCUCACAAUUCAACCCGAGAUGAACAGAGUCACUUAAACAGUUUUCCUGCGAUGUGCCAGCAAUCUAGGUAGUCAUGCUCUGUUUGACUUUACUUCCUGCUUUGAGUCAGAGGCCCACGUGGAGAAAGGCCCGCGCUGCCGCAAGCAGUGCCAACAAAGUGAGGUAAAGGGCUAGCAUUACUGAGCUUUUAUAUAAUGAAAUCAGCCAAAUUACAUUGUCAAGGUGUAGUGGCAGUGAGAACUAGAAGUAGAACAACUGGAGAACAUGCAGCGAACCGUUUAUUUGGGCAAACUUGUGCCCUUGAAACUUAAACAAAUACUGACAGAAAAAUGUUGUAUCUUGUUUUUAUGGCUUAUUAGAUAGCGGCUGACUUCAUAACGACCCUAUGGCACCAGAAUUUCUCAAACGUGCAAUACAUAAUUAAUAGUCCCGUCGUCUAUGCGACCAGUUAAAAAUGUGUGCCAGAACCAGCACACCUUCACUGUGUAGGUUGCACUGGCAAGAGCAUCUCAUUACAUCACAAAAAUU